AUGUUCAACAACCUCCUCAAAAAGGCAUCCGAAUCCUCAUUCGCUGCCUUAGCUAGCGAGGCCCUGGACUCCCGACCUGGAUCGCCUGCGUCUGCCCGUCGCCCUCCAGGCUCUCCCCUCGCAGGACAACAACAACAGCAGCAGCAACAAAACGGCGCCGGUAGUCCACCAAGGAACCCCAAUCCUCGCACCAACUCUGGAGGGGCCGCCAACCCACACUCGACCAAUGCCCAGCUCGCGUCGCAACUCGACGAGGCCUACAACGAUGUCGAGGCCCUUCAAAAGUUACUUCAGAAGGCGACUCAGGAAAAGUCCGAAAUUGCAAAGAAUGCCGAUCUGCUCAAGGAAGACAAGGAGGCAUUGAACGAGGAGCUUCAGGAGGCGAGGGCUGUGAUUCAGGCAAUGAGGGCCUCAUUGGAGAACAAGGCGACGGACGAGUUUCUUUCACCAAAGUUGACGGCUGAGGACGGCGCGUCAGAGACGGACGGCAGUCGCGUUCCUGGGAUUGCAGCAACACCGGAGGACCCAUUAGGAGUAUCUUCUGGAGACAGUAAACAGCCUACAGCAGAGACGUCUGACGACUCUCCAUCUUCAGUUUCAGCAGCAAUCAACGAGUCCACAACAACAGUGCCAGCACCAAUACUAACCCCACCAAUAUCAGCAUCAACGACAGCAAAUACGACCGAAUUAGAAAACACAAUCAAAGAGUUGAGGUCGCAGCUCUCGGCAAAGUCGGAGCAGUGUCAGUCCUUGGAGGAAUCUCUUGCUCAGAAAACCGGGGAGUUGAAAAAGCAGAAGUCGGAUCACGACGAGAAGAUGAAAAAAAUGAAGGCCAUCUUUGCAGCCGCCAAUAAGAACUUGAAUGAGUACCGAACAUCCAUUGCGACCAAGGACGAGGAAAUCACAGAGCUGAGGGCUAAACUGGAGAACCCUGAGCCUACCCAGGAGCAGGCCAAUGAGCAGAACCAAAUCGUACAGGACCUUGAGGCUGAACUCAAGAACCGGUCGGAUGCUGCCACCACAAAACUUCAGCAAAUGGAAGGAAAAUACAAACAGUCGAACUCACAGUUGGAAAAACUCAAGGUGGAAUACCAGCAGUACAAGCAGCGUGCUAGUGUAUUGCUUCAACAGCAGCGGGAGUCGGUUCAUGCGGAUGAUGACAGUCAACUGAAGGAGCUCCAGAGCCAGUUACAGGAUCUUGCGAGAGAAAAUAAAUCUACAGCAGCUGAGCUACAAGAAGCAGAAUCAAAGAAGACGACGUUAGAGGGCGAGCUUCAGUUGGCCAUGGAUCAGAUAGCGAGCUUGGAGUCGAGUCACGAGAUCAGUCGCCGUCAGGAACGGCAGCAUGCACGACAGCUCAAAGAUAUGGAACGGUCCGUCAAGGACGCGCAACGUGACCGAGAAGCUGUCGAAUCCCGUCUUGCCUCUCUUCAAGAGCUGCGAGCCGUGGAAGCACAGAGUCUGAUGCAAGAGCUGGGUGGCAACACCAAGCACACCGAGGAGCGUUUGGCCAAGAAGGAGGAAGAAAACGCCGAACUUCAAAAGAUCCUGGACCGGUUGAGUGACGAACUGGCAGCUGCCAAGCAAGAGAUCCAGAACUUGCGCGACCUUGUGAGUAGCUCUGAGGCCAAUGCUGAGAGCGGCUCGCCUGCCAUUGGAGGUACCAGCGCUGGCGCUUCACAGAUGUUUGAACCAGAAAAGAACAAUAGUCAGCUCCAUAUCUCGACGGCGCUUGGACCCCGAUCGUCGUUUUCCCCGCUCGAUCAAGAAUCACCCAUUUCUAGGACUUCAUCGUCCUUGUCUCUUCCAGCGGAGAGACCGCCUGUUUACUCCACACUGUCUGACCUUUUGGCAGCCAAACCACUGGUAGAGCGGUCACCCUUUGGCGAUGCACAUGGUGGUUUCGGUACUCCAGCAGCAGCCGCAGCCCUGUCGUCAGCAAGAGAACGGGAAUACCAAAUCAAGCUUCAGCACUUGACUGAGCUCUUGAACGAGAGUGAAGCCAACCAUCAACGGCUCCUCGAUCAAGAAAAGGUGCUGAAAGAAGAGAUCCGCAAUUUGGACCGCGCAGAGAGGCGACAGAACCUGAGCGUAGACUAUCUCAAGAACAUUGUCCUCAAGUACCUCGAAACGACGGACAAGGAGCCCUUACUUCCUGUCCUGACGACGGUACUGCAAUUGUCGCCUGCAGAGGUGGCCUCUUUACGGAAAAAGUCGGCCCCGCCGUCUGCAUCCUCAAUGGUACUGGGCGGAUUCUUUGGUGGCGGAGGUCAUUAG